AUGAGCUGCGGGAAUAAUGGAUACAACAGUUUGGAGAUGGAGUACAUUAAGAAGCAUCAUAGGCACGAGAUUUCCGAGAAUCAAUGCACCUCCGUUCUCCUCAAGCACAUCAAGGCCCCUGUUCAUCUCGUUUGGUCUUUGGUGAGAAGAUUUGAUGAACCACAAAAGUACAAGCCAUUUGUUAGCAGAUGUGUUGUUGCGGAGGGAAAUGUUGAGAUCGGUAGCCUUAGAGAAGUUGAUGUUAAGUCGGGUCUUCCUGCGACUACAAGCACGGAGAGGUUGGAACUCCUUGAUGACGACCAGCAUAUCUUUAGCAUCCGGAUUAUUGGUGGGGAUCACAGGCUGAGGAAUUACUCUUCAAUUAUCUCGGUCCACCCAGAAAUGACUGAAGGGGGGAGGCCAGGGACUCUAGUGGUGGAGUCGUUUGUUGUUGAUGUGCCUGAAGGGAACACCAAGGAUGAAACCUGCUACUUUGUGCAGGCACUCAUCAAAUGCAAUCUCAAAUCCCUUGCUGAUGUGUCAGAACGCCUUGCAGUCCAAGACAGAACGGAGCCCAUUGAUCGGAUUUAGUAAAAGUAAGAUUAGAUUUUGGAUUUGGAUUUGAAGGUACCACGGAUGAAGCUUCUUUUAAGGCUGUAUGGCUUUUGGUGACGGACUGGUACUCUCACCAAGUUUUUCCCCUUUUGUCUGUCUGUCUGUCUGUCUGUAGCCUCAAAAACCACACCACAGGUGUAUACCCUCAAAAUGCUUAAUGCUAGCCAAGGUUUCUGUCUGUUGUUGAGGUUUUCAGCUUUGCUGGAAUGCUGGUCAUGGUCUAAGUCUAGUUGUGAAUAAAAUGUGAUGGAAAACAGGUCUCUUGUGUAUUCUAUGUGUUUCAUGGACCUAGC